AUGGUGUCAUGCAGUCAUGGCUAUUUCUAUCCUCAGCACCACUUGAUCUACAGAGAAGAGCUGAAAAAAGAUGGUGAGAAGGAAGUUGUUUGCUCGUGGAGGGGGUGCCACAAACCAAUAUGGGGUUCCCUCCACAAUUGCGUCGAAUGUGGUAACCGCCCUGUUCACAAGGACGCAUCGUCCAAAAAUCAUUGCUUGGACUUCACUGAAAAGUUGGAAAAUGAAGUUGUUUGCUACGGGUGCAACGAACCAGUAUUGGGUCCCGCCUACAAAUGCUCUAUCUCCUCCGAAUGCAGCUUUUCCAUUCACAAAUCUUGCGCCGAUUUAUCUCCGAAGAUGAAUCACCCUCUGCACCCAGACCACGCCCUUUCUUUCCGGUUGUGGCAUAAUGAACGUUGUGAUGCUUGUUAUAAAUCUCACGAUCACUCUUUCUUUUACUAUUGUAAUUCGUGUGAUUUUCAACUCGACAUCAAAUGUGCUAAUCGCAAUCCUAAUGACGGUCACCAACACGAAUUCUCCCUCCUUUUGAGGCGGAUCCGGUUCAAUUGUGAUGCUUGUGGACAGGAAGUCAAUAACAUGGCCAAAAUAUGCAAUAUCUGCAAACUCUUGGUUCACAUCAAAUGUGCUGCAAUUCCACGCAAGGUCAAAAUUAAGCUGCACAGUCAUUUCCUUAACCUCAUUUAUUCUCCUCAUGAAAUCAAUAACCGUGAUAACAUGUUCUGUAGAAUCUGUGGUGACAAGGUCAAUAAGGAGUAUGCAGCUUACUCUUGUCAACAAUGUAGUUAUAUUUUACAUACGGAAUGCCUAAGACAUUUUAGGGAUCGCUACAGGGAGUGGUCUGCAACUAGUGAGUCGAUGCCCAACGAAUAUGUUGGCCAUACAACUCAUUUGAUCAAGGCGCUCGAUCAAGCAAAGGACAAAGGACCUCACCUUGGGGAGAUCCAACAUUUUAGCCAUGAAGAUCAUAAGUUAAUCCUCUGUGAUGAUGAGAUCAAGGAUGAUAAGCUUUGUCAAGGGUGUACAGAGCUCAUAAUUUCAGUCCCUUUUUACAGCUGUGCGCAAUGCAACUUCUUUCUUCACACUCGAUGUACUAAACUUCCCAGAACGAUUAAGCAACACCGACUUAGCAACUUUCAUACGCUCACCCUUCUCCCACAGGCACCUACCAAGAGUGCUGUGUUCUUUUGUAAUAUUUGUUCUCGUCAUCAUCGUGGUUUCACCUACAAUAAUCCUCAAUAUAGUUCGCCUUGGAGAUUCAUUGACGUUCAAUGUGGUUCAAUUCCUGAAACACUUGAACACGAAGGUCAUGAGCAUCCCUUUUGCCUUGCUCAAGAUUCUAAGAAUAGAAAAUGCAAAGUUUGUCCUAAGGACAACAAGGACCAUGCAUUCGUAUGCAACGGUUGCGAUUUCAUCUUGGGAAUUAGAUGUGCAAAUCUUCCACUGGUAGCGAGGCACAAAUAUGAUACACAUCUCCUCAAGCUUACCUACGCUGCUGAAGACAAUUCCAGAGAAUAUUAUUGUCUAGUUUGUGAAAAAAAAAAGAAAUCCGAACCAUUGGUUCUAUUACUGUGA